AUGGCAAAGAAUUGCUCCAGUGGAUCGUGCAAGUAUUGCUCCAAGAAGCAUCAUUCGUUGCUGCAUUUACCGCCAAUUUCGUCAUCAUCGGCUCCUGGUACACCUGCAGCGCAGACCAACCAAUCUACACCAGCAUUGAUUGGUCAAUCCGUUGAAGCAAUCGGUUCGCAUUCGUAUCAAAUGUCGCAACGCGAUGCGAACGCCGUUGUAUUUCCGCCGCCGGUACAAGCCGUUACCUCACCACUCGCGAACUUGUCGUCUCGAUCGUUUUCGCAAUCGUUUUCGGUUGGUAUCGCCCCCUCCACAUCGCCGGUUGAUUCAAUCGUUCUCGGUAAUCAUUCACCUUCCUCCACGUCCUGUCAAGGUGCUGAAGUGACUCAAGUUUUUCGUCAAUGUAGUGUUGUGCUCUCCACAGCAGUGAUCAAGGUGAAGGACGCUGACAACAACGAACAUUUCGCCAGAGCCUUGCUGGAUAGUGGCUCACAGCCCAGCUUUAUCACCGAAUCACUAUGCCAGAAACUCCGUUUGAAGCGUGUCAAGCUCAACUCGCCGGUCAGUGGAAUUGGUCAAUCCACUGUGAACGUCCACUUCGGAGUUACAAUCUCGCUCGCUUCACGCUACGGAGAUCAUCGCUUCAGUCUGGACUGUCUAGUGCUGCCGAAGCUUACCAUAUCGCUACCCAGCCACCAUAUCGACGUUACACGAUGGAGGAUUCCUCGUAAUCUUCCGCUGGCUGAUCCCCAAUUUAACAUCAGCCAGAAGAUUGAUAUGAUCAUCGGCGCUGAAUUGUUCUAUUCGCUCCUGGAACAUCAGCAAAUCUCUGUCGCUACUGGGUAUCCGCUACUACAGAAGACAGUUCUGGGUUACAUCGUCUGCGGAAAGGUAGUGGAUCCAGCUCCCGAUCCACAGGCAGUUCAGAGUAGUCAUGUCUGCAUGAACGACACACUCGACAAGCAGCUCGAACGCGUUGUGAAGACCACUUCCAACAAUCCGUCAGUCGAGCUGAAGACGGCAGAUACAUCGUCCGUCUACCUCUACGGGAGGAAAUGCUACCAAUGCUUGGAGAUUCCUACCCACUCGCACUACGUCGGCUCCAAUCCGAUGGAGAAAAAGUUUGCUGUCGAUGAAGGCCUUCGUGAAGCGUACCACGCGUUCAUGGAAGAAUAUGAAAGACUGGGACAUAUGGAGGAGGUGAAUCCGUCCGCGUCGCGUAGCCCUCAGUUUUUUCUACCCCACCAUGCCAUCCACCGUCCUGAGAGUACAACCACGAAGAUACGAGUAGUGUUCGACGGAUCCUGCCGAGGUUCUCGCGGCUUAUCGAUCAACGAGGUCCUAUUGUCCGGUCCGACAAUACAGCCAGCUCUGUACUCAACCGUUAUCAACAUCCGCAUGCCUCGCUUCGCCGUCACUGCUGACGCCGAGAAGAUGUUCCGGCAGAUUUGGACACAUCCAGAUGACCGGAAAUAUCAGAAGAUCCUGUUUAGGAAAGAUCCGUCAGAAUCAGUGCGCGUGUAUCAACUAAAAACCGUGACUUAUGGUCUCGCUAGCUCGCCUUUCCAUGCUACUCGUGUGCUCUACCAGUUGGCCACUGACGAAGGAGAACGCUUUCCGUUGGCGGUCCCUGUGAUCAAGAAAGGAACGUACGUCGACGACGUACUCACCGGCCACGACGACCUAGAUACGCUCGCUGAAACUUGUCGUCAGUUGAUGGAGAUGCUGCAGCAAGCCGGCCUCGUGCUCAGGAAGUGGGCGACCAACGAUGCCGCCGUCCUCGUCAGCUGUGGGAAACCUCGCGGGAGCUUGAAAUCGAUCGCUCUCCUACUGUGA